GAAUGAGGUCAGCUCCGUGCCCUGCAGGACAGACACCCGCUCUCUGUUCUACAUGUGAGGAAUGCUCCUGGGGGUCUGGGUGAGGGGGUAAAGCGCCCUUGCCCCCUGCCCUUGACCUCUGCCUGGCCACUGUGACCCCCACUACUGCCACCUACUACAGGAAUAAGGAUCAGUGGGAAGAUGUGCAGGCUUCCCCCUCCUCCCAAGCUGGGGUGAUACCUGGCCCUGCUCACAGUCCGGUGUCCCCUCAGCUGGUGGCAUGGCCACUCUGGGCUUCAGUUGCACUUUCCAGCCUGAACCCUCUGAGUUUUAGGGGGUUUAGAACCCCCAGACUGGGGACCUGAGACCCUCUUCUCAGGUUUGACAUCUGUGGCCGACACUGGCCCUGACCAGGGGGAUGGCCAGGGGUCCCCUUCCUCUCCUCUGCAGCUGCCACUCUGGGCUCCUUUCCUGGGCCCUUUGGUUGCUAGAACCCCUUCUAUUUAUUCCCAAAGCAUUGCUACUCCCCAGGGGCUCCCACACCUCAGAACCCCCCACCUCACCACAGGUGCAAAUAUUGCCAUCUCUGCAAACACCUUACAAAGUUAAUAUUUCAUAUUAUUGACAGUUUAUAACAUAAUAAAAUGAAUAUAUUAAUGCUUCAUCUUCAUAAUUAUAAUAUUUUACUGUUAGGCUUGAUUUUAACUCCUAUAAUUGAAUUAGGAGUUCCUGUUGUGGCUCAGGGGAAACGAAUCUGACCGGUAUCCAUGAGGACACAGGUUUGAUCCCUGGCCUCGCUCAGUGGGUUAAGGAUCCAGUGUUGCUGUGAGCUGUGGUGUAGAUUGCAGCAGCAGCUUGGAUCUGGCAUUGCUGUGGCUGUGGCGUAGGCCUUCGGCUACAGCUUUGAUUCGACCCCUAGCCUGAGAACCUCCAUAAGUCGAGGGUGCGGCCCUAAAAAAACAAACAAAACAAAAAAAGAAGGAUCAGGAAGUGUUAAAAGGCACUGAAAAUGCAACAGACCCCCCCUCCUCUUGGAAGCCUCCUCCACCUCCUGGGACAGGGUUUUCCCACACAUCCUGUAGUGAGACUCAUGGAGGCAAUGGGGUACAGUGGGAUGUACAGUGGGACCCCCGCCUCCGUAAAUGGGGGCUGACCUGUGGUUCUGUGCACAAGGCCCCAGGACGCCUCAGGACCAGCUCCUGGAGAUAGGCCCUCCGGGGCUGCAUGCUGGAUAAGCCAGGCUAUUUUCAUCAUUUCCUUCCUCCCACUCAGGCAGGAGCCACCAUCUGCUGCACCACAUAGAGCAGCCACUGCACCCUCAGCCAGAAUAGUUCAGGACACAGAAAGGGGUGCCCAACAGCAGGCCUGCCAGCUGAGCGUCCUGCCUUCUGAGCUUCCGGGGAGGAUCAGCUGGCCUGGGUCGUCGUGCUUCACUUCCCUGUCCCCACCGCCCACCUCCCGGAGGAGAAGCCGAGGCCUGAGAGGGAGGUGAGUGGUCCUUUGUCCGGUCGGGUCCCACGGAUCCUCAGGAUAGGGUGCAGGCCCCAGUACUACCACCCCAUCUCACUACCAGUUGUCCCCGCAGCCCACCUGCCCGAUGCCGGCGUGGGCGGCUCUGUUGCUGCUCUGGACGGCCGUUCAGGCGGCCGAGGACUGCCCGGCCGCCUGUAGCUGCCGCACCCUGGGCACCAUGGGGCUGGAGGUGGACUGCCAGAGCCGGGGACUCGCGGCCCUGCCCGCCCUGCCGGCCCACACGCGCCACCUCCUGCUGGCCAACAACAGCCUGCGCUCCGUGCCGCCCGGCGCCUUCGACCACAUGCUCCAGCUGCAGACCCUCCAACUGGCGAACAACCCCUGGCACUGCGACUGCGGCCUCACGUACUUGCGCCUCUGGCUGCAGGACCGCGCCCCGGGGGAGCUGCCGCGCGUGCGCUGUGCGAGCCCCGGCCACGCCUCCGGCCGCGCGCUCAGCCAGCUCAGCGGCUCAGAGCUGGGAGCCUGCGGCUGGAGUCUCCGGGCGUCCUGGGCGUCCCCGGGUGGGCCGUGGUUGGACGUGGCGCUGGCCGUCGUGGCCGCGCUGGGCCUGGCUCUGCUGGCGGGCCUGCUGUGCACCGUCUAGGCCCUGGGCGGUGCUACCGCCCCCGGAGCCCAAAAUAAACCGGCAGCUCAGAGAUGGGUUUCCCAUUAGUACCGGAGCCUGGCUCCUUCUGGAAACCAGCGUCCCUCAGUUGGGGCUUCUCUGUUGUGCACCCGCUCCAAGUUCCUAGUGCCAUGAUUUGUCCCACCUCCACGCCCCUCUCCAGGCACCUGCAGUUCCACAAUCUCUCGACACCCCUAGCCCUUCCCCUGCGCCUGCGGGUCCUGGGAGACUGGGUCCUGGGAUACCCUCUCAAAGGGACAGCAUCUGCUUCCUACAUGGCCUCUCGCAGCCCAGACCAACCUCCCGUCAACAUCCAGCCCCUCUCCAAGCUCCAGGAAACCUUGUCUUCAGACACAGCAGUGAGCAGAGAGGACGCAUGGACCCCAAGUGGAAGGCGAGGGGCUAUACCUGUCUCUGUGACAGACAGGCCUUGGAAGGCACAUCACUGUUUCCCAAAUGGCCUUUGACUCUCUGUUCUGUCCAUGAGGGCACCCCAUCUUUUGUCAUCUUCUGCUCUCUCUCUCUCUCCUUUUCCUCCUCUGCACUCUUCCCCAGAAACAAAACAACAAAUUCCUCCCUUUCCUGUGGAAGCAGCCCCCCGUCUUCGUGCUAGGGUCAGACACCCUCAAGGUCUGAGCUCUCCCCUACCCCCAAAAAAAGUCACCCAAAUCUCCAAACAAGAGAGAAGAAUCUGGUGCCAGCAGUUCAGUAAUACUUUUCUCCACCAUAUCAGAUAACAACCAAAUCAAUUAUACCAAGGUCCCCCUCUCAAGGAGGGCCAAGUGACAGACCUGUGGGUCAGAGGGUGACACAGGAAGGCCAAAGGGACACAGAGCAGCACUGGAGGUCACUGGCCCAUAGAGGUGAGGCUGGAAGAGGAGCCCAAACUUGGGGCAGGUGAACAGAGGGAGUGGUAGGGACUUGAGAAGCCACAGUGCCUGCCUUCCACCUGGCGGCCCAGCUGAAUGUUGCCAUGUGGAGAGGUGCACCAGGUGCCUAGUGUUCCAUUUCUCCAGAGAGGCUGGGAAACUAGAUUUUUACAUAGAAUCUCUGAAUUAUUCAAGUAUUGGCAACUAAAUUUAAUUUUUUUAAAAUAUACUUCAACAAAUAAAAACAUAUUAAUUGACAAGAAUAGUCCACAGGCUGAGAGUUUGGUUUCUGCCUUAGGAAUGAAUCAUCUGGCAUCCACUUGCAGGGCACUUAGUAUGUGGGAGGCCCUGCAUGAAGCCACACAAAGGGGUCUUUUUCUGCAAACUGGGUGAGGAGGUACUGUCUUUCUGGACCAUGUGGAGGGGCACUCAGGCCCAGGCUCAUAGUCACUUCACAGGCACAGGCAGGUCCUCUGGGCCCCGGCCUUGGUAUCCCAUCUCAGAGUCCAGGAGUGGGCCUGGUGCCCUCUGAGUUUACUCAGGUCUGGGCAGUCCCCUGGGGUGGGCAGAGGCAAGGGAGGGACAGCCUCGCCCGGGUCCGAGCUCCUGGGGUCGUGGGAGCCUGGCUCAGACUGGCCUGGGGAUGGGCUUUUCUUCCAAGGUCUCCUUGCCUUCAGGGAGAGCAGGCCAUUCAUACAGCAGGACUUUCUCGUCCCUGCAAAGAUGGUGGCAGGUGCCUGGAGAGCAGCCCAUCUGGAACAUCCAGGCUCCAGGACUUCCUGACUCUGGCAGUGAGAAACAGGAGACACUGCCCCAGCCCUUAAGUUUACAGACACAUACACCCCUGCCACCGCACACACAUGCACAUGCACAUGCACACACUUUAACAUGCACCCUGGGGCUUCCCAGGAAGGGAGGCGGGCAGCACAGGAGCUGGUGUCCCACAUGAGGAAACUAGGCUCUGACAGAGAAAUAUCUCGUCCAGGGUCACUAGCCAGUCCAGGGAGACCUGGGGUUAGAGUGGAGGUUGGUCUGACCCCCCAGUGUCAGUCUGUCCUGAGCAGGAGGGACAGAUGGGGGCCAUGCCCUCCCCAUCAGCAGAGACCCCCCUAUUAUUUUGGGGGGCUAUGGAUUCGUGGACUUUGGGAUCAGGGCCCUGAUCCAGGCACUCAGCAGCUCCUUGAGCCUACUGUGUGCCUGGCUCCGCGCCCCACGCUGGUCGGGGCGAUAUGUGUGUUGGGGGGGGCGGUGUAGGGGAACAACCCAGACCUGCCAGGGCAUCUCAGGUCCUGACUUGGAAUAAUAGCCUGCCUGCCCAGGACCACAGGGCACACGAACAGACUCCCAGCCCUGGGCAUGUUGGCGCACCUGAAAAAAAUCAAGGGUAGAGGGCUGGCAACACAUCCCUCCCAGGCAUGGAGAUGCAUGAGGGAUACUGGGCUUGGUCCCCAACCACCUCCCCAACAUAAAGCCAGCUGAAGGAGCCUGGGGCCCAGAGAAGUUCACAGGUAUCCCUGAGGCCCUGAUUGCUUCUUCAUGGUAGGAGGUGGGGGUGGGGAUCCCCUCAUGGGUCUGAACAGAGGGAGGGUCUCAACGGGGCUCCAAGCAAUGGGCAGUGGGCAGGCCUGGGGGCCAGUCAGGGGAAGCCAUCCAGGAGGGUGACACAUUUGUAGAGAGGAGGCCCCUCGGCAUGCUCUGGGCUCCAAGCUGAGAAAACCAGUCUGGGGCCAUUGGCUCAUUACAGAAACGUUUAAUGGUUUAGGAAUGUGUACGCUCUGGCUCUGCGAAGUCUCCAUAAAGGCAACGUUUCCAUGUUUUAAAAAAUAGAUUUGAUAUAAAGAUUCAUAUAUUCAUAAAUAGGCAAUGUGAAAAACCCAAAUGCAACGGCAUCCUUGCGCUGAGGCCCUCCCCACCCCUGUCCAGGUGCAGGGUCAGAGGUCCCUGAGGCCCCGGCCCGGCAGCCCCCCAGAGUGGAGGGAACUGAAUUCAAUAUGAAUUAGGAGCUUCCUCCAGCUCCACGCCUGCUGGGGCCCGUGUCCCUGGGGCACCUCACACCCCCACCCCCACUCCACCUUCUGGCUCAGGAGUCAGGAUCCCUAUUCCUUGCCCGCCAGCUCCUCCUCCUGUGAGUGUAAAACACCUGCCCCUCCGGUCCCCCUUCAGCCCAGGCCACAGACCCCUCCUCCAGUCUGGUGGCUGGGACACUUCCUGGCCCUCCUUCCCCCACUGCUCCUGUUCCUGGGUAACUUAUAAACAAAGGAGAUUAAGCCACUCUCCUCUGGCUGGGAGAGGGGGCAGACGAGGCUGCCUGUGUUGUCUUACACAUCCCCAUUUUCUCUUACCCAAGUCCAAGUCCCCAUUUGACAGGGUACUAAGGCUCAGAGGUGACCAGCCCCCCCUGGCCAGCACACCUUGAGCACUAGCCUGGGUCUGAGGCUGGGGCAGGGCAAGCCUUUCUGCAGAACCAGGAACCUCGCAGGCAGGUAGGCAGGCAGAUGGUGGGGUUGGAACUCCUUGCCAGAGGGCAUGAUGAGCUGGGGACUAGCUGGGGCCAGUCCUCAGCUGUCAGCUGGUCAUUCUUGGGGCUCUAAGGGACACGAAUACAAGGGCAGGGU